CGCCUCCCGCGCCGCCGCCGCCCUAGGCCUGCGCCGCGAGAUGCAGAAACAGAGGCCCAGAGAGGCUAACAGCUUGCCCGAGAUCACCCUGCUGGAUACUGCAGAGCUGUCAUUUGAACCCAGAGAAGAGUAGCCGAGCAUCGCUGGGCAGAGGGCAGGGAGGCCAGCGGUAGCCUGAGAGGCCCCAGGCCCGCUGGCGCCAUGAAGCUGAACGAGCGCAGCCUGGCCUUCUACGCCACGUGCGACGCGCCGGUGGACAACGCGGGCUUCCUGCACAAGAAGGGCGGGCGGCACGCGGCCUACCACCGGCGCUGGUUCGUGCUGCGCGGCAACAUGCUCUUCUACUUCGAGGAGCCGGCCAGCCGCGAGCCGGUGGGCGUCAUCAUCCUGGAGGGCUGCACGGUGGAGCUGGUGGAGGCGGCCGAGGAGUUCGCCUUCGCCGUGCGCUUCCCCGGCAACCGCGCGCGCACCUACGUGCUGGCGGCCGAGAGCCAGGCGGCCCUGGAGCGCUGGGUGAAGGCGCUGUCGCGGGCCAGCUUCGACUACCUGCGGCUGGUGGUGCGCGAGCUGGAGCAGCAGCUGGCGGCCGUGCGCGCCGGGGCCCGCGCGCCCCUGUCCCCGCCGCUGUCCCCACCCCUGCCCCGGCGGCCCAGCGCCCUCCCGCCCAAGGAGAACGGCUGUGCCGUGUGGAGCACCGAGGCCCCCGCCGACACCACGCGGCCCGGCCCAGAGCCCCCGCCGCCGCCGCCCCGCCGCCGGGCCUCGACGCCCCACGGACCCCUGGACGGGGCCCCCUUCGCGCGGCUGCACGAGUUGUACGGCCAGGAGGUCCGGGCCCUGCGCCGACAGUGGCUCAGCAGCCGCGCCCAGCCCUGAGGGGCCCAACGGCACCAAGGCUCCUGCUCUAGGGGGACGCAGGCCCAGCCCUGAAGAGACAGGGGCCCUGGGUCAAGGGACACGGUGGUCAAGGCCAGCCCUGCAGGCCCUGGGCGCCUGGUCUCGAGGACUCAAGUGCUGAGAAGGUGCUGGAUUCUGAGGGGCCGUUAGGACCGUGUGACCCAGAAGGCCCAGCCUUGAGGAGACCGUCAUGCCUGACUGUCCCAGAAUCCAGGCCCUGCAGGAGCCUCCGGAAGCUGGAGGUUUCUGGAGAACUCGAGCCCUGGCCUGAGCAGCCCAGCAGGGGCCUCUUGCUGGCAACAGGCCUCGCUGGGCCCUCAGCUCAGAUGGCCAGCAGCACCCAACGGCAGUCCCCACCUGAGAAGCAAAUGCCUGGCCCGCGCCGGCCCUCCACGUGGACGGAGGGGCUGGGCACGGCACAGCACACGGGCCUUGCCCCGCCUGCCCGCCCCUUCCAGAAGCAGCAGGCACAGAGGGAGCUCAGAGGGCUGGGGACGCAGGCGCAGGCUUUCACGCGUGACCGGUAGGGUGAGCGCGCCUGGUCCCCAGGGCUCCUGGCCUGGGGCGGG